AGUCCGAGGGUACUUUUGUUGUUGUGCAUUCUUGGGCUCUGGAAAACAAUCCUUUAUCAAAGUGCUGGAAUUGACUGGUUUUCUGGAUUCCAACCCCGAUUCACUUCAGUACACUUCGAUUCCAUAAUGUCAUCCCUUCGAGAAAGCAAGCUCGCCUUCAUUGGCGGUGGCAACAUGGCUUCGGCCAUUAUUGGCGGCCUCCUCAACCAGGGCAUCACGGCACAGAACAUCAUUGUGUCAGAGCCAUGGGAUGUCAACCGGGAAAAAAUUGCCUCUCUGGGUGUACAGACCACCACCUCAAACGUCAAUGCAGGAGGAGACGCGGAUAUGGUCAUUAUUGCCGUGAAACCCCAGGUCACCAAGAGUGUGUGCGAGGAGCUCGGCGCUGCAUGGUCGCAACGUACCACAUUGCCCGUUGUUGUCAGUAUAGCUGCAGGAAUCACCCUGGAGAGCCUGAAACAAUGGCUUCAAACCAGUGAUUCACGAACUGCACAUAUCGUCCGUGUCAUGCCCAAUACUCCUGCACUAGUCGGCGAGGGUGCCUCGGGCCUUUUCGCGAGCUCGGAUGUCACCGCCGAUGAGAAAGCGCUAGUCAAUGCCUUGCUCCAGAGCGUCAGCAAGGCGACUGAGUGGGUGGAUAAGGAAGAACUGUUGGAUGUUGUGACCGGUUUAUCCGGAUCCGGUCCUGCAUACUUCUUUGCUAUGGUUGAGCAUUUAGUCGCCAGCGCAACGGCACUAGGUCUACCAAUUGAGCAGGCUACUCGCCUGGCUUCUCAAACAUGUCUUGGAGCCGGGAAAAUGCUAGCGGAGUCUUCUGAUAGUCCUGCUCAGCUCCGAAAGAACGUUACCAGUCCAAAUGGCACCACAUAUGCUGCGCUUCAGACCUUCGAGUCCUUGGACUUUAGCGGAGUUGUGGACAAGGCCGUCCAGGCGGCUACAUCGCGCGCAGCUGAGCUGGGGAAUACCCUAGGCAAGUUAUAAAUGAGACUAUGGAAAGGUUGCAGAAGAUAUUUAGAGGGAUCCUGCUGUAAGCAAAACAUAUUUAACUAACAUCAAAGAACAAAGUAAGAUUCAAUGAAGGAAGGUUAUAGAUGCACAACCUGCAGCUGAUUAAAUAAAACAAUAAAAUACAGAGUACAUGCACAAGUGCUCACAGAUUAGAAGGCCAUGCAAAAUGAUAUUCAAAGCUUAUUUCAGAUCUGUUGAGUCUGUCAUAUAUCCCACACUAGCUUUGAUAAUUUGCAUGACAACCUCGAUCUCCUCAUCACUUCGAGGUGCAUAAAUCAGCAUGUACUCAAACGGUAUUUUGGGGCCUGAUGCAAGCCCAAGAUACUUGAACAGACUCGAACCAGCAAGAGUAAAGCGU